AUGGUGGUCAUGAAGAAGAAAACACUGGGCGCUGAAGUUGCCAUUAUUGUACAAUCGUUACCUGGCAAACACGUCUUUGCUUUUGGGCACUCUAUUGUGGAUUCCAUAAUUUCUCGCUUUGAGAAUGGAAUUACUUCUGAUGAUUCUGUGAAAAACUGCGCCAAAAUGCCAGAUUUUAAGAGGGAUUGUUCUGAGGUUUCUGCAAAGUUGGAGGCGAAGAAGAGUCUCCAGCAGGGUGGGGUGAAUGAAGGCGGUGGGUUUUGGUGGGACAUGGAGGUGGAGGACCUUGAGCUGGAUGAACUUGAGAUGUUCAAGGUGGCGUUGGAGGAGUUGAAGAAUUUGAAUAUAAAAGCAGAGACUUCUUCUUCGUUAAUUCCAGCCGUUCCCGUCUUAGGAAUUAUAGGUUUCACUCUAAGAACGGAAGCAUGUGCUAACCUAGAAAUGCUUUUGUACAAACUGCAGUUUAACAAUGUUAAACUCUGUGAAGAUCUAAAGAGAGAGAAGAAGAUGGCUGAAGAUCAAUUCUAUGCCAUGAAUGAAGGAAAUGGCCAUCAAAGCUAUGCAAAGAACUCAUCUUACCAAGGAGGACUAACGGAGGCUGCAAAGAAAUCAUCAAAGAAGAAAUUAGCAAAAAACUUGACAUUGAAAAUGUAA